GUUAUAGAAAAGAAUCUCUAUCAUAGGUGCAAGGAACCAUUAGAUAGCGUUGCUUUGAUUAUCAUCUACCAGAAAAGAUGUCUGCUGUCGAAGACACUUGGUACUCUGCAUCCGAGUCGGGCGCCUCUGCGGACAGUACGCCCGUUCGGAAAUUCGGCAGCAGUAGACGGGAAUAUAAUCAUUAUAAUCAAAAGAAUGCUGCUCCUGGAGUUGCGUGGAAGACACACAAGCCUACGACCAAAAGGAAUUCCUUUGACUUGGAAGAACAAUGUGACUGGGAUGACGGAAUUAAUAAUUGGGGUCUCCCCUGCCAAGAAUCAUUCCCUUUCGAAGCCAAGGCUUUACAGAGGAACAACCUGGGUCAGGACCAAAGAUCUUUCGAAAAACUCUCGAAGAAAAGUCUCCCAGCUAAUUUCAAGUUCACCGGCGAUCACACAUCGCAUCACCCGUCUUCGCCCAAUGGCGUGAGCACUCAUAAUGCACAUGGUAACUCAGAUGUCGAAGAGGUGAAGGCUCCUCAUCGCACUAAAGUUUCUCAGAAGGCCGUCAAAAAGUUGAACCAUGAGUUACCACCUGCGAAGUUGAACAAAUCAACCGUCGAGUCGACACGUGAGAAGUUGAACAAGUUUGCUCAAGAGUCGCCUCCUGAGAAGUUGAACAAGUUUGCUCAAGAGUCACCUCCUGAGAAGUUGAACAAGUUGAAGCACGAAUCGCCACCUGAGAAGUUGACGAACAAGUUGGGCGCUGGCAGCAAAGUUCUGGUGAACGGUUCAGCGUACGGCAGGAGCUCAGCUUCUGCUGAAGAAUGGAGCACCAUGCCAGCCAGACUCUCCCCCGGCACGCCUCUGCUGCCGAUGACGUUGGACGCUGCAGCGCCCGCCCCCGCCGGCCACCCCGUCCCCAUCCUGAUCCAGAACGAGGAGACGGGCGUGUUCGAGCUGGACGAGGACGCCCUCAAGAGCGUCCUGCUCGCCCCGGGCGUCGAGGACAAGCAUGUGUGUGUCCUCGCCGUCGCCGGUGCCUUCAGGAAGGGCAAGAGCUUCCUGCUGGACUUCCUGCUGCGGUACUGCGUCAACAGGGACGGUGAGGACUGGCUGGGAGACCCGAGCAGUCCCUUACGGGGCUUCAAGUGGCGUCAGGGCAGCAAGAGAGAGACCACAGGAAUCCUCGUGUGGAGCAAACCCUUCCUUGUCAGGAGGAAGACUGGCGAGGAGAUCGCGGUGAUUCUGAUG